GUCGCCCUGGCCCUGUUUAGAGAUAUCUACAGAAAGGUUCUAUUUUCCUAAUUUUUGUGGCGCACUUUUUAGAAGAAAUCUAUAGAAAAGGGGACGAUCGAUGCCACCAAAGCACUGUUUUUGGAGAAAUCUGUAGAAGGUCGUCGCCCAAGAUUGAGCUGCCUUUGUUUUUCUUUUCUUCUCCGCCAACCUUGCUUGCGAAAUCUGGAUGGUAGCAUGCCAUUGAGGAGAAGUUGCAAUUCAGUUUUGCUCUUCAUUGAAAUUGGUUCGGUCAUUCUUAAUUUGAUUUUUACAAUGAUUCUUUAUUAGUUUUUCUUAUUUAUGGUUGUUCAGAACUUAUUUAUUUGUAGCUAAAUUUUUUGAACUAAGCAAAAUUUGCUAAGUUGAGGGACUUAAAAAGGGAAAAGAAUUUGGAUAAAGGGAUGGCUUCUUUUCUUUUUCUCCUUUUUCUUUCUUUCUUUUCUUCUUCCCAGCCCGCGUGUUCUGCUCCUCUUUUUCUUCCCCUGCACCGAGCAAAAAAAGAAAGGGGGAAACAAGCAAGCCGACAGCCUCCCAUGAAGAGAAACCGGUUGAAAGCUUGAAGAUUUCUCCUUCUUUUCUUGUUCUAAAACCCAGAAAUUCUCCCCCCCUGUUGGAAAAUCCGGAUCUGCUGCUGCUUCCUCCUCCUCACCGCCGGCUGCUCCUGCUUUGUGGGGGUGAAUUGCUCGGUUUUUUGAUCCCACCGGCCUCCUCCCCAAACUGCACCUCCGAUUUUAGAUGGAGAAUUAUGGUUCUUGAUCCUUGGGGUGCUUUAGUACGUGAAUUGAGUGCUCGGUUUUAUGCGAGUGAGAUAUGGGACGAGGUACUUGAGGUGCAUCAUCCUAUAAACAACAGAUUGAUCCACAAGCAGAACCACAAAAGCAACUUCAUCGUCUUAUUCAGAGGCCUUAUAGGGCUGUUCCUACACCAUAGCAAUUGCCCAACUUAAGCCAACCUCCCGCACUGCAACAGCUUUCCAAUUGGACUCAACUUUCCACACAAUAGUAGCAAUAGCAACCCAUUGUUAUCCAACUAGCAUUGGUUAACGACCAGUACCCUAGUGAUGAUGCAACAAUGGAGGAGGCAAUGAAGAAAGUAAUUUGGAGGCUGACUUGGAUGCUAAAUUUGUUGUGCAUGAUCCUGAGUUAGAUGCUUAGCUAUCCAAGGAGCUAUCACAUGCUGUCCUAAAGACAGGACAUGGAAUGGAUAAGGGAGAUGAUGCUCUAGUAGACCUAUGUUAAAGAAAGUUGCUUAGCCUAAAUCGCUGAGGCACAUUCAGCUAUGAGAGGUUUGGAAGGACUACAACAGUAAUAUAGAAGUACUUAUAUAAUGAGCCAGUGCUUUUUUGGUUUAGUUGGUUUGAGGAAAAGAUCAGCAAGUGAUGGGGUUGAAAUCCUUGAUAACCGACCUGAGGAUGAAACCCGAGCCACUCCGGGUGAAGAUGUUGAGGAGGUACAGAUUGAUGAAACAGACCCGAACAGGAAAACACAGAUAGGAACACGAUUGAACCUCGAGGAGAGAGCAGAGUUGAUAGCCUUUCUCCGAGCUAACAAAGAUGUUUUUGCAUGGACCUCAGCAGACAUGCCGGAAAUUCCUACCUCGGUAUCUCAACACAAACUCAGCACCAAUCCACUCAAGAAACUAGUGGCCCAGAAGCGAUGCCUUUUUGGAGGGGAGAGGUUAAAGGUCAUCAAAGAAGAAGUUGAAAAACUCUUACAAGCUGGCUUCGUCAGACAGGUCAAUUAUUGUGAAUCGGUCGCCAAUCUUGUGUUGGUGAAAAAAGCAAAUGGCAAAUGGCAAAUGGCAAAUGGCGGAUUUGCAUCGAUUACACUAACCUCAACUAGGCAUGUCCAAAAGACUGUUCCAAUGGCUCUUGAAGAUGAAGAAAAAACCUCGUUCUAUGCCGGCGAUGAAAUCUACUGCUACGUAAUGAUACCCUUCGGUUUAAAGAAUGCCGCUGAAAGCCAUUUAACUGACCUCGAGGAGACAUUCAACAAUCUCAGAAAGAACAGAAUGAGGUUGAAUCCAGCAAAAUGCAUCUUCGGUGUGGAGUCAGGAAAAUUUCUAGGCUUCAUGGUGUCCAAAAGGGGGGUUGAGGUUAACCCCGAGAAGAUCAAAGUAAUAGCCGAGAUGGAACCACCGAAGUCAAUAAAAGAUGUACAGAGGCUGAUAGGGAGAGUAGCAGCUCUUCAUAGAUUCAUCUCGAAAUCAACAAAUAAAUGCUUACCAUUCUUCAAGAUCAUGAGAUUGGCAGCCCAGAAGGAUGAAUCUGGCAUACAAAAGAAAUUCGAAUGGAAUUCAAAAUGCCAAGCUGCAUUUGACGAGCUGAAGUCUUAUCUUAGCUCACCCCUUUUGCUGACAAAGCCUAACGAUGGAGAAAUCCUUUACUUGUACCUCGGCAUAUCAGAUGAAGCUAUUAGUUCUAUGCUAGUGAGAGAAGAAGGGAAGCAACAGAAGCCAGUUUAUUACACCAGCAGUGUGUUACAUGGAGCUGAAAUCAGAUGUUCUAUUGCUGAGAAAGCAGCCUUAGCGCAGAAGUCAGCAAUCCGAGCUCAGGCCCUUGCAGAUUUCAUAGUAGAAUGCACCUCGACUCACUCUGAUUCCCAGCCCGAGCUAGAUAGCUGGAUUUUGUAUGUUGAUGGAGCAUCAAGUAACAAAGGUUCUGGUGCUGGUGCAAUCCUACUUGGCCUAGAUGGAUCGGUCUUUGUUGAAAUUCUGGACGAGCCUAGCUUCUUAAAGCCAAAAAUGACGGUGAUCAACACAAAUCCUAGCACACUGAGCUGGAUGGAUCCAAUUAUCUCAUUUUUACGAGAUGGAAUAGUGCCUGCAGAUAAACAAGAAGAAAUGAGGUUGAGGAAGAAAGCAUCUCGGUAUACCCUUGUUAAUGAAAUCCUCUACAAGAGAUCUUUUUCACUCCCUCUACUCCGUUGCUUGAACCCUUAUGAGGCUGAAUACGCACUUCGGGAGGUGCAUGAAGGUGUCUGCGGAAGUCAUAUUGGUGCUCGGACCUUAGCUCAUAAAGUCCUUAGACAAGGAUAUUAUUGGCCCAACAUGUAUAAAGAUGCCAUUCAAUUCGCACAGAGGUGUCAGAAAUGUCAAUUCUUUGCAUACUUAAUCCACCAGCCAGCAGAAGAGCUCACUAAUCUAGUAGCACCUUGGCCAUUUUCUCAGUGGGGACUUGGUCUUUUAGCUCGGCCAUUAUCCAGUCUUACCUCCAAGAAGGUCGAAGACUUUAUUUUCAACUCAAUCAUCUACAGAUAUGGGAUCCCGAAUCAGAUUGUGGCUGAUAAUGGAACUCAAUUCAACUGCUCCUCAUUCAGAGAUUUAUGCUCUAGUUAUGGGAUCAAAUUGCAGUUCACCUCGGUGUACCACCCGGAAUCUAAUGGGAUGGUAGAAUCUGUCAACAAGGCAUACAGAACCACAAGCCGAACUGUCACAGGUGAAACACCCUAUCACCUAGCCUUUGGUACCAAAGCAGUCAUUCCUAUCGAGAUAGGAGUCCCAAGCUUCAGGGUCACCCAUUUCGAUGAAGGACGAAAUGGACAACUGCUUCGGGAGAACCUUGAUUUGCUUGACGAAGUCAGAGAGGAAGCGCGACUUCGAAGUCUAGUUUACAACCAUAAAAUAGCUAACUUCUACAACAAACGAGUUCGACCCCGAACAUUCAAAGUAGGAGACCUCGUUCUCAGGAAAGCUGGUCUAACGGGGUUCGAAACUCAAUUCGGAAAGUUAGCACCAAACUGGGAAGGCCCCUACACUGUAGCUGAAGUGUCGCACCCAGGUGCUUAUAUCCUACGGGACACUAAAGGCAAAAAGGUUCCUAGAGUCUGGAAUGUCAAUAACUUGAAGAAACUUUACCCUUAAUACACUUCUUUCUAGUGAACUUUGUCUUAUUUUUAUAAUUGUCAUUAUUCUCUCUUUCUGCUCAAUGUAUAUACGAGCUCAAUUCAUUUAUCUCUACCCUUCUAUACGUUGAAAGUGAAUUUCACUUAUUCCUGAAGUUAAUUCAUUGUGACUUAUUUAGUCACUUCACUUUUUGGGUUACAAUUUUAUUAAUCAAUUACACUUUACUUU